GGCUACAACGUGGUUGAUAAGAAUGAUGAUACCAGUCCUCGAGGAGGGCAUGGAACCACCAUGGCUGGCAUCGUUGGUGCUAUCAGGAAUAACAAGAUCGGUAUGGCGGGUAUUCUGGACAGGGUGCGCAUACUGCCCAUAGUCACGGGUGCAACUUCGACUUUUGGCACAUUGACGGAUGCUUUCACCUACCUGAUCAAUGAAAAGAAAGAUGAUGUGAAGGUUAUUCUCAUGACGGACGGAACCGCCGAAUCAAGUUCUCGAGCCGUUACAGACAAGAUUUUGGAAGCAACUGCAGCUGGCAUGCUCGUUGUUGUUGCGGCAGGGAAUCGCCACCUGGAUCUGGACAUAACCCCAUAUUUCCCUUGUUCCUUCGGCCGUUCACCCGCUGAUGGAGUGUUAUGUGUGGCUGCAACGUAUGGUACCAAAUUGCAGCUUGUUGGCAUAAGCAAUUUUGGUUUAGCUGUUGACAUCGCCGCUCCAGGUUCCGAAAUAGUUGUAACUCAUCUUGGAGACAAGUAUGCCACUGUUACGGGUACUUCGGGGGCAUCCGCUAUCGUAGCAGGUAUAGCUGGGUUGCUCUACACCCUUGAACCAUCUGCGAAGACUAAGUUGACUCCUGCUUACAUCAAAAGUAUCAUCCGGGAUACGGCCACCGCAGGUGUCAAGGACAGUAAAGGGGAAAAGACCCUCCCCUUCGGCCGCGUGAAUGCUGCGGCGGCUGUCAAUAAGAUACUUGGAAGAAAGAAGGUUUAA